AUGGAUAGUAAUGAAACAGAUUUGGAAAUUUUUUAUUUAGAAUUAACAAAAGAACCAAUUAAAUUUGAAUCAGUCAGCAGUCUUACUAAUGUUUUUUUUGAUGACUCAAAACAACAGGUAUUUGUUGUUAGAUCUGGUGGUAUAACUGAUGUACUUGUUAAAGAUUCAAAUGAAAAUUUAAAUUUUCGUAUUCAAGAUAAAGGUCCAAUAAUAUCAAUUAAAUUUUCACCAUGUAUGAAUGUACUUGCAAUACAACGAACAAAUACUUCAGUUGAAUUUGUCAAUUAUUCAACAUCAACUGGUCUAGACAAUGUUGAAUAUUCACAAUUAUGUAAAGGAAAUAAUACGACAAUUCAAGGUUUUGUUUGGACACAUAAUAAUGAAAUAUUAAUUAUAACUGAUCAUGGAGUUGAAUUAUUUCUCGUAAAUCCAGUUAAGAAAAAUGUUAAAACAGUUAAAACAUUUAGCUUGGAGAUAAAUUGGUAUGUCUAUUGUCCUCGAAGUCAUAUUAUUAUUUUAUCAACUGGAACAGUUGGUAAUCAAAUGCAAGCACUACAUGUAACACCUGGAAAUCUUCACAAAUCAACAAAAUUUGAACUGGAUGCUCUUCCACAAAAACCAGGUAAACUUGCUGUCUCAGAAAGAGAUGUUGCACUAGCAGUACUUUAUGGAACACCUUAUAUUAUUGUUUUACAUCAUCAACCAAGUGUCAAUAGAUCCCCUGGAACUGCACAUGUUUGUUUGUACACUGUUUACCAAGAAACGAUGAAAAUUAAAAAAAGUCAUAUUUUUAAACUCGAUGUAAAUGGAAGAUUUGCAAUAAAUGUUGUUGAUAAUCUUAUAAUUGUUCAUCAUCAAGCAUCAAAGACAUCUAUGCUGUUUGAUAUAAUGCUACAUGGAGAAUUUGAUGGUACAGUUAUUUAUCAUUUAAACGUAGCUGUUCCAAGACCAAUAAAACCUCAUUAUAUCAAAGUUCAAGGUGCAACAUUGUCAGAACAAAUAAUCCAACCAUGUCAACUUUAUUCACCAAAUUGGGUUGUUUUUCAGCCAAAUAUUAUUAUUGAUGCCAAAUUAGGAUGUCUAUGGUAUAUUGAACUUUGUCUUGAAGCACUUGUUAAAUUAAUACCAGACAAAAUUAAACUUGUUGAAUUUAUAUUACAACGUAAAAAUGCUAAAAAAAUACUCAUUAAUGUUAUACAAAAUUAUAUUAAUAAUUUAGAUAUGACAUUUGGUGAUAUGCCUCUGAUAUUUCGUACAUUAAAUACAGCAUACAAAGCACAUCUUAUAAAGGACAUGCUAAAUCCAACACCUUUUGAAAAUGGAUUAGAUCAAAGUGACAUGUACAGUAAUAUUUUUUCUAAAUUUUCAUUGAAAGAAAAUAUUGAUUCAAAAAUGAUUGUCUUUGUGCUUUUUGAAUAUAUAAGAUCACUGGAUGAAUGUGAAAUUCCAGUUGAACAUUAUCUACAUGAAUUGAUAAUAACAACAUUUGUACAUAGAAAAACAUUUUAUCAACUUCAUCAGCUACUUCAGUGUCAUGUUGUUAAUGAUUCAAAACCUCUUGCUUGUUUAUUGUUAUCACUUGAAAGUUUAUAUCCAGCUGCACGUCAAUUGGCUCUUGAUAUGUUAAAUAGACUAUAUAAUACUAAAGAAGAAAUUAUUGAAGUGUUAUUAUCAAAGGGACAUAUUUUACCAGCAAUGAGAUAUGUGAGGUCAAUGAUGAUGGUUGAUCGUAUAUCUGCUAGAAAAUUUCUAGAAGCAGCAAAAGCAACAAAUGAUCCAAUACUAUUUCAUUCCGUAUUUAAAUUUUUUGAAAAUCGUAAUUUACGUAUUCACAAUACAACAUCAUUUCCAUCAAGUGAUCAUUGUCAAAUAUAUAUUAAAUAUUUUAAUGAAUUAUUUACUGAAAAUAGUAGUAAUAUCUGUGAUUCAAAUUCAAGUUUAAAUACCACAUCAACAAAAUCAUCACAAUAACGUUGAAGAAAUCAACUAUCAAAUAAUAAUAAUUAUUUAAUAAUAGAAAAUACUUUAUUUAUAAUGAAAAUAAAUUUAAAAACAAAUUGUUAAUAAAAAUUUUUUAACUGUUAUUAUUGUAA